UCGUGUACACAGAUUGUCAGGUUGGCUUAAGAAUGAGCUGCCUCUUGUUUUUGAUUUGAUCUGGAGUUUUUCAGGUGUUCAAGCCACCAUGAGCAACUCUGAGGAACCAGAUAAAGGAAGAGAUCAGCGACAUGACAGUCACAUGAAGCAGGAUAAGCGAGAUUCUCCUCAACCCAGUGUUGUGUCCAUGAAGAGUUGCUGGUCUAAGGCGGAGAAUCAUGACAUCAAAGAUGUACUCCAUUCUGUCAAACAAAGCCAAUCAAAGCAACAGAGUUUGGACUCACCUGAUCCAAGUGGAGUGUCCAUGAAGAGUCAGUGGUCUAAGGCUGAGCCUCCUUUUCAAUUCAAAGUCGGACUCCAUUUUUCAAAAAGCAACAACCAGAACACAUCAGAGGAUGUCACAGACCAGAACCGUCAAAUAGACCUUGAUGACACAUUCAUGCUGCUUGAGGAGAACAUUGUUAGUUUUGUGAAGACACAGCUGAACACAUUCAAAAAUCUUUUGAGUCCAAAUUGCCCACAAUCCAUGGAGAGGAACAAAAAAGACAUCGAAGAGUUUGCUGGUGAAGAGAAGAGGAGCAAUCAAGAGGCACUACUGAAGAUCACCCUCAGCCAUCUGAGAAGCAUGAACCAGGAGGAGCUGGCUGACCUCCUGCAGAGCAAGACUUUUUCUGCUAUUUGCCAACACAAAUUAAAGUCUAAUCUGAAGGAGAGGUUCCAGCGUAUUUUUGAGGGGAUUGCCAAACCAGGAAAGCCAACAUCCAUGGAUCAGAUCUACACAGAGCUCCACAUUACAGAAGGAGAGAGCAGAAAGGUCAAUGAUCAACAUGAGGUCAGAACAAUACAAGCUGCAUCCUGGAAACAUGACAAACCAGAAACAACAAUUAGAUGUCAUGAUAUAUUUAAAUUUGGACAAAAUCAGUCUGUCAGGACGGUGCUGACACAGGGGGUGGCCGGUGUUGGAAAAACAGUCUUAACACAGAAAUACACACUGGACUGGGCAGAAAACAAAACCAACCACAACAUACACUUUGUGUUUCCUUUUACUUUCCGAGAGCUGAAUUUGCUCAAAGAGAAAACAUACAGUCUGGUGGAACUGCUCCAUCACUUCUUUACCGAAACAAAAGAAGCAGGAAUCUGCACUUUUGAAGAGUUCCAGGUUGUGUUUAUUUUGGACGGGUUGGAUGAAUGCAGACUUCGUUUGGACUUCCAGAAUCACAAGAUCCUGACUGAUGUUACGGAGUCGACCUCAUUGGAUGUGCUGCUAACAAACCUCAUCAGGGGGAAACUGCUUCCUUCUGGUCAGCUCUGGAUAACCACACGGCCUGCAGCAGCCAGUCAGAUACCUCCUGAGUGCAUUGACGUGAUAACAGAAGUUAGAGGGUUCACUGAUCCACAAAAGGAGGAAUACUUCAGGAAAUACUUCAGAAAUGAAGAGACAGCGAGCAGAAUCAUUUCUCACAUCAAGAUGUCACGAAGUCUCCACAUCAUGUGUCACAUCCCCGUCUUCUGCUGGGUCACUGCCAAGGUUUUGGAUCACGUGCUGAAAACCAGUGAGAAAGCAGACUUGCCCAAGUCCUUAACUGAGAUGUACAUCCACUUUCUGGUGGUUCAGACAAAAAGAAAUGUGAAGUAUUAUGGAAGAGCUGAGACAGAUCGUCUGUGGAACACAGAGAACAUGAAGAUGAUUGGUGCUCUGGGAAAGCUGGCUUUUGAGCAGUUGGAGAAUGGAAACCUGAUCUUCUAUGAAUCAGACCUGAUGGAGUGUGGCAUUGACAUAAAAACAGCCUCUGUUUACUCAGGACUCUUCACACAGAUCUUCAAAGAAGAGCGGGGCCUGUAUCUGAAUAAGGUCUUUUGCUUUGUCCAUCUGAGCAUUCAGGAGUUUCUGGCUGCACUCUAUGUCUUUCUAACAUUUAUCAACACUGGAGUGGAUCUUCUGAGAGAAAAACAACUCCUCUCACCACAGAUGAAGAUUUCACGUGUGGAUUUUAAAGUUAAAAACAUCUACCAGAGGGCAGUGGACAAAGCUCUACAGAGUCCAAAUGGACACCUUGAUUUGUUUGUCCGCUUCCUCCUUGGUCUUUCACUGGACACCAAUCAGACUCCCCUAUGUGGUCUUCUCAAAAAGACAAGAGGUAAACCACCGACCAGAGAGAAGGUAGUGCAGUACAUCAAGGAGAAGAUCAGGCAAAAUCCAUGUGCAGAGAGAACCAUCAAUCUGUUCCACUGUCUGAAUGAACUCCAUGACCAUUCUCUUGAGUAUGAGAUCCAACAGUACCUCAGAUCCGGAGAUAUCUCCAAAAACAAACUUGCUCCUGCUCAGUGGUGUGCACUCGUCUUCAUCUUACUGUCAUCACAAAAGGAACUGGAUGUGUUUGAUCUGAAGAUGUUCUCAGCUUCAGAGGAAGGUCUUUUGCAGCUGUCGUCAGUGGUCAAAGCCUCCAAACGAGCUCUGCUGAGUGGCUGUAACCUGUCACAGAUGAGCUGUAGCACUAUAGGCUCAAUUUUCAUGUCUAAAGACUCCAGUUUGACACAGUUGGACCUGAGUAACAACGACCUAGAGGACAAGGGGGUGAAGCUGCUGUGUGCUGGACUGGGGAGUCCACAAUGUAGACUCGAGAUUCUCAGUUUAUCCAGCUGUCUGGUUACAAAGGACAGCUGUGAUUCAUUGGCUAUUGCUCUGAAGUCUAAUCCUGGCCACUUGAGAGAGCUGGACCUGACAUACAAUCACCCAGGAGAAGAAGGAGAGAAGCUGCUGUCUGCUCUCCGGGAAGAUCCACACUACAAACUGGACAUUCUCAGGACCGACCAUUGUGGAAAGUGGUGUUUGAACCCAGUACCCCUCCGGUAUUUCACUGAGCUUUCCCUGGAUCCAAACACAGCACACAGAAACCUCUUACUGUCUGAAGACAACAAAAAGGUGAUGGUGGUGACAGAGAGGCAGCCAUAUCCUGACCAUCCAGACAGGUUUGAUGGCUGGAUGGUGGUGCUGUGCAGAAAUCCUCUGCCUCAACGCUGUUACUGGGAGGUGCAGUCGAAAGGAAGGGUUUACAUAGGAGUGACAUACAGAGGAAUCAGCAGGCUAGGAAAAAGUGACGACUGCUGCAUAGGAUGGAAUGAUCAGUCCUGGAGUCUGUUCUGCUCUGGACAAAGUUACAUCGCCUUGCACAACAACACAACAACAGAAAUAUCUAUGCCUCCCUCUGAUGCUGGCCGAGUAGGAGUGUAUCUGGACCAUCCGUCUGGGACUUUGUCCCUCUUCAGUCUCCCGUCUGUAGUCAGCUCCGACAGACGAAUCCACCUCCACACGUUCCACGCAACAUUCACUGACACACUCUACCCAGCGUUUGCUUUCGGACGAAGUACCGAAUCUGGGUUUUUGCAUUCCUCAGUUUGUCUGUUUCAGCUUCCUUCAUAGAAAAAGUCGGUGGCUAUCUGACUCAACACAUGCCAAUUAAUAACACACAUUCAUGCCUUUCCGCUGCUAUUGGAAAAGUAAAAAUGAAUUGUGUUUGUAGAGUAGUUCUGAAUGUGACAUUGGAUGGUUAUCUGUUUGUUUGCUCUGCGAUUCUUUGGCAACUUGUCCAGUGUAUACGCUGCCUCUCUCCUGUUGUAUGCUGGAACAGUGUCCAGCUUCAAAUCUCUAACUCAAGCACCACCCAUGAGCAUGAACAACAACUAAUUCCACCCCAAUGUUUUGUUUUGUUUGUUUGCUUGUUUGUUUUUAUCCUUAUUAAAUGAAUGUCAAGGAAGACUCAAUGUGCUAUGACAAUAUUUUGUCCAUGGUGCUUGCUUCUUUAUGCAUGAUCCAGCAUGCAAGUACCUCAGUGCUCAGGACUCCAGCAACCACAAAAGGGCAAGAAGAUAUCCACGUCUCACUGGGCAGUGGCAGAUAGAUGCUAUUCAUGGAUGGACUGGUUCCCUGACUUCAAUAAAUUAUAACAAAAUGGAAAAUUAUAGUUUUCCACCACAACAGAGUCAUUGCAUGCAUAUGCACCAACUAAAAUUAAUGCAACAUAAUGUUCCUUGAAUGCUUGUAAUACCUUUCUUAUCAGAGAAGGAGCACAAAGCAUGCACUGCCUGCUCUCAGAUGAACACACAGCAAGAUGCCAGCAGUACUCUAAGGGCUGCCUCUCACUGCAGAUUUUUGGUUCCUAAUUGUCUACGCUUCUUGUUGCAAAAACAAAAAAAACUACUGAAUACCCAGUCGGGCCUGACAUUGGGUGUAAUGUGUGGGAAAAUUAGCAUUGUAGAGUAUGAUAAGCAGUUGGGAAAUUUUAAAACAUGUUUUAAAAAAAUCUGUGACAUUGAGAUAAAUUGUGAACCACAAAAUGUGAGUACUCAGAUUUGAUUCGCACAGAUUGGGG